AUGAUCUCUUCACUGAAGAAGGUCAUCAAUGACCACCGCUCUGCAUUGACAACCACUGCUAGCGUUGGAGCUGGUCUAUACGUCGUUCGAGCCUACAUCAAGUCUCGUCUCGAAGAGGUCAAAGACAAGCUCGAGCAGGAGCGUUUAGCAAAGGAUAUAUUGAAGCGGAGGUUCGACCAAUCGAGAGAAGACAUCGAAUACACUGUUAUGGCUCUCUUACCCGAGUUAACGGAAGGGAUUCUCACAGAGUUGGAUGUAGAGGAAGUCACGAAGGAGUUGCAACAGUUACGAACAGGAGGCACGGUUGUGGAAGGAUCUCCUAUGCGACCUCCUUCCAGUCUGGCAUCCAGCACAGAUCUGGAGACGAGGUCAGACACUGGUCUGAGUACUUCAGGCUUGCAGGGCUGGGUGGAAGCAGGACAAACCGCUGGGAAUUACUCUUCAGAAGGAAGUCACCUUUCCGGUUCCUUCAUAACUACCUUCAGUGGGUCAGAACCCAGCUCUAGCUCGUCUGCAAGCCUAUCUGGAGACACGUCCGAUCGUGAACAAGAACCACAAAAUCCGUCGCCAAUGAUAGACUUGACCUCAUCAUUGGCGUCCAUAGCAUCUUCUUCCUCCGUCAACUCUCAUGCGUCUUCUUCCCGUUCAAAGGCCCAACUUUGGAACAACCUUAAAACGCUCACAUUCACCCGCACACUUACCUCCAUCUACGCACUCUCGCUUCUGACAUUAUUUACUUCCAUCCAACUCACAAUUCUCGCACGAGAGAAAUAUGUUCGUGGUGUCUAUCAAAUGGAGCAGGAGGAAAGAAUGCGGGAAGAAAUGGAGAGUAAUCUGCGACGAGAGAUGUCGUUCACUAGGAUGGCUUUCCGUCUCGUGAAAAGUAAAUUGGGAUUUGUAACGGAAGAAGAUGCUAGCCUGUUCGAUUCCCUAGACCGCCUUCAUACUGAAGACGAUUUUUCGCAGUUCUCUAACUCCAUCAACACUCUACCUGAAUCCGCCUUUGAUUCUCUAUCGACAAAAUAUCUCACCCUUUCAUAUCAUCUGUUACACAUAGGCUUUCGAGACCUCUCCGCUCGGGUCCAAAGUGCCGUAGAGGAUGUCCUUCAUCCUGUUUCCUUAAAAACCCGGAUUUCUCUCCAUGACUUUCAUCGACUUGUACAAGAUAUCAGGAGAAAAGUCGAAUGGGAAAUCACCUUUGAAGGCCAGGAGAGGAAGGUGACGUUCGAGCACUCCUGCGUACCUCAGACAAGAGAAAUGGUUGAAAGAACGUUGAAAUUGGGGGGAUGGUCAGAGACUGGUGGGAAUAUACUAUCGGGGAACGAAGACAUCCUGUCUUCGCCACUGCUUUCUUCGGAAGCUGGGUCGUCUCAAUUGUCCUACGACUUCGAGUCGAGAGCAAUCCGUCCAGGUUUUCAAGGUUCAGAUAAUUCCUCUCCCGCAGUCAAUCCAUUAAACCCCUUCUUAAACCCCUUCUCCACUUCGCUCGACGACGCCUAUUUUACCCAGUUACUCGAAGAAACGCGGUCAUUGCUCACCUCUUCUGAUUUCACCUACGUUCUUGAUACGUGCUUAGACCAUGCUGUGGGUGUAUUGAUGGAUAAUCUAGAAAGGAAUGUCUUUUCCAAAGGUGAUUCGACUGAAGAAUCUACACGAAUACGGAUGGCAUCCCUCUUACCUCCUCUAGCUCAUUGGAGCAAACAGACACUUACAGGUCUGCCAUGUGAGCUCGUGGACGGCUUCCUUGGUUCGUCAGGCAGCGGUGGUUUACGGGAGGUUCAUGGCUUGAUGGCGAUAAUCUUCAGUAGGUUAGAGGAUAAUGGAUAA